UCACGUGAUCAGGUAACAUGGCGUCUUGGUGAAAAGUUGACGAGGAUGCUGCAGCUCAUGAAAACUCGGUGAUUAGAAGCAGGAAUUCAGCGAGUAGUUAUCAGUUUGUGUGGUAACCCGUCCGUUUUUGCGUUUGUUAUGAAUUCAUCAAAUUGCGUUUCUCUCCUUACCUCCCUGUGUGUUGUCACUGUUGGUAAUUUAGCUAGCUGAGUGUGGCCAAACUUCAUUCGAAAACCUGUGAUUAGGGUAUAAUCUUGAGCAGCGGGAAAGAUAAAUACACUAUCGGUGGUGAAUCAAAAGAAGCCUCUCUUCAAUCCGGCACAUAGUUCACCAGUCAGCGAGCUAAAGCUGAUAGAGAUUACAUGUUCUUAAAAUAACGAAGCCUCGUACUUUUUCGGCGAUAACAUGUAUGCCGAAUUGACAUGUGGAUCCUAACCACUCGUAAAACGUCCCGACUCUUGUGUUAUCAGAAACUGGCGGCCAUUAGAUCUGUUUGAUUACAUUUAAUUAUCUAAUCGUGGGAAAUGAAGCUGCGUGUGCAGUUACAGUGCAAGAAUUUACAUGAAUACCUGAAGGAGUUGAGUCCUGAGAUUUUGGACAGAUUGUACAACCACCCAGCCACAUGCCUGGCUGUCUACAGAGAGCUCCCUGCGCUGGCUAAGAACUAUGUGAUGCGUAUGCUGUUCCUGGAUCAGCCCCUGCCUCAGGCAGCGGUGGCUCUUUGGGUGAAAAAAGACAGCCAGAGGGACCAUGAUGAAUGUGUGUCAGUGCUGUCAGGACUCCGCCUGUGGCACAGUCAGCAGCUGCAGGGUGGUCUGCAGGGAUACAUUUUAAAUCCUGUGUUCAAAGACAACCUGAGGAUAGCGCUGCUUGGCGGGGGCAGAGCGUGGGCAGAUGAGGGGAGCACUCUAGGCCCUGAUCGCCAUGCACGGGACAUAGAGAGUCUGGACCGCUACGCUAUGGAGCGCUGGGAGGUCAUCCUGCACUUCAUGGUGGGCUCUCCCAGUGCUGCUGUCAGUCAGGACCUGGCUCAGCUGCUCAUACAGGCAGGACUCAUGAGAAGUGAACCAGGAGAGGCACCCUGCAUCACCUCAGCUGGUUUCCAGUUCCUCCUGUUAGACACAGCUUCUCAGCUUUGGUAUUUCACCCUACAGUACCUCAACACUGUGCAGUCCCGGGGAAUGGACCUGGUGGAGAUCUUGUCAUUCUUAUUCCAGCUCAGUUUCUCCACUCUUGGCAGAGACUACUCAGUGGAGGGCAUGAGUGAGUCAUUACUCAUCUUCCUGCAGCACCUACGGGAGUUUGGUCUGGUUUUCCAGAGGAAGAGGAAGUCAAGGCGAUACUAUCCCACAAGACUGGCCAUCACUCUAGCUGCAGGAGUCACUACCAACUCCUCGUCCUCCUCCAACAUGAGUAUCACCCCUGGGACCGGAGACACAGGCUUUAUCGUGGUAGAAACCAACUAUCGCAUCUAUGCCUACACAAACUCUGAACUUCAGAUUGCUCUUGUCGCUCUCUUCAGCGAGAUGCUGUACCGGUUCCCUAAUGUAGUCGUGGCUCAGGUCACAAGGGAGUCAGUACAGCAGGCCAUUGCCAAUGGUAUCACCGCACAGCAGAUUAUCCACUUUCUAAGGACCAGAGCCCACCCUGUCAUGCUCAAACAGACCCCGGUACUGCCUCCAACCAUAACAGAUCAGAUCAGACUGUGGGAGCUGGAGAGAGAUCGACUACAGUUCACAGAAGGAGUGCUCUAUAACCAGUUCCUCUCCCAGGCUGACUUUGAGGUGCUGCGAGACAGGGCUCAGGGUCUGGGCUGUCUGGUGUGGCAAAACGUUGCUCACAGGGUAAUGGUGGUGACACCGCAAGGACACAGCGAGGUCAAGAGGUUCUGGAAACGACAGAAGUCUCACACAUAACCAGAGGAGCAGGAAAAGGAGCCGUGAUUUCACACUGGAGGACAGCUGUUCCACGGACUACGAUUUUUAAAUGUUUUCAUGACCUAAAGGUUUCCUACUGCAGAUUGUUCAGUGAACGCAGCAAGACAGAAUGACCGGGACUGUAAAAGAUUAUUGAGUUGUUUUGUAUGUUUCAUAAUAUGUUGACUUUGCAUGUGGUUUGGAUUAAAUGGUCAUCUUGAGAAAAUGCA